AUGCAGCUUAACAAAGCUGAGCAGAAGCAGAUGUCACGAAGCCUUUCUGGCAACUCAGGAGAUACCAUGAAUUCCAAUAGACUAGUUAUUAAAGUUGAUGUCCCAGACAUAGUCUCUGUUUCAGCAUGUGCCGAUCUGACCUUACCACGAGGUGCAGGACUCUGCAUUGAUACAAUUCAUGGACCAGUUUUCUUGAUUGCUGAUUCUUGGGAAUCCUUGGAUGGAUGGCUUGAUGCGAUCCGUCUAGUUUACACAAUCUUCGCACGAGGGAAGAGUGAUGUUAUGGCAGGUAUAUUAACUUGAUAAAUUUAUAUCAUAUGAUUUUAUUGAAUUGC